UUGAAAGAGGGGAAAUAACAGGAUGAGAUCCCUUACAGUUACAGCGGUCCUGAGCGAUAAUGUCCGUCCCAAAUGGAGAUGAGCGAUUGGUGUUUUUUUUUAAAGGGCUCAUUUGAGGACGGGGGUCUUUUCUAUGGCUUUGAUAACUACUCAGAGCUGCUGGAGACUCCUGACAACAGUAGCAGUGAUACUGAGUACACCUGUAAUGACGGAGCAGGUCUCCACCUGUUUCAUACUGUGUUCCAACCCCUGGUCUACAGCCUGGUGUUCUUCCUGGGGCUGACAGGUAACGGGCUGAUGUUAACGGUGCUGCUGAAACGCCGUGGCCUCCUGCGGAUUACAGAGAUCUAUCUGUUACACCUGGGCCUGGCUGAUCUGAUGCUGCUAGCCACCUUCCCCUUCGCACUGGCACAGGUGUCCUUGGGAGUGGUGUUCGGAGACGUUCUGUGUAAACUGAUUGGGCUGAUGAACCGACUCAACUUCCUUUGUGGGAGUCUCCUCCUGGCAUGUAUCGGCUUCGACCGUUACCUGGCCAUCGUGCAUGCCAUCACCAGCCUCCAGAGCCGACGCCCCAGGAAUGUACACCUCACAUGCCUGGCACUGUGGCUGGUCUGUCUGGCCUUGUCUGCUCCCAAUGCUGUGUUCCUGUCUGUAGGGGAGAGUCCCAUAGACCCGACUCGGCUCUCGUGCUUCUUUCACAGUCACGGUCUCCAUGCAAACAACUGGGAUCUGACGGAGCGGCUCCUGACCCACGUGCUGUGUUUCUUCCUGCCUCUCGGGGUCAUGACCUACUGCUACGCUGCGGUGGCGGUCACCCUGCACCAUAGCCAGAGAGGUCAGCGCAGCCUGGAGAAAGAGGGCGCCAUCAGGCUGGCUGCACUAGUCACUGCUGUGUUCUGCCUGUGCUGGCUGCCCUACAACAUCACCAUGCUGGUGAAGACCCUGGUGGAUCGGGGGUUGGACUCUGGUUUGAGCUGCCAGUCCCGGACUACUUUGGAUAAGGCCUUGGUGGUGACAGAGAGCCUGGGGUACACACACUGCUGCCUCAACCCGCUGCUGUACGCCUUCACUGGGGUACGGUUUCGACAGGAUCUCCUGAGACUGCUGGCCCACUGAGUCUGUGGAAAGGGGGUACUCCGAGGGGACGGGAGUAAGACGUCAGCGUCAUUCUCUAAAGGACUCACCACCACUAUGAUCCUCAUGUUGACCACCAGAUUUUACUGUUACAACUAAGGUGAAAAGGUGUCUUACUACACCUCGUUUCUUUAAAAGGAUUCUGAUGGUUAAUUCUGAUCUUUGAUUUAAUUAUGAGUAAAACUAUUGUAUUUUCAGCUUACAAAUUAAUUUUACUGUUACAAC